AGAAGGGGUGAGAGAAGGAGAGAGUGAAGAGGGGUGACAACGGACAAGACAGAGUAGGACAGAGAGGGGCUGCAGCCCCUUGGAGCAGGCUGCCGUGCUCUGACAAUGGAGUGGGCAUGGAGCAGCAGAACCAAAACAGCAGGACACGGCUCAGCUGGAUGUUAGAUCAAUAAAUGGUAGAUGAGUUCAGACUUUGAGAGAUGGAAUCGAGACCUUAUUAAGAGGCGCUGCUUUGCAGGGCUGACGGCGUUUACACUCCUGAGUUUGGGAUCUCUGAUCACUCGCUAUACAAGAGGAAAGUCUCUCCAAACCUUGGGAACCUAUACAAACUUGGAGUAAUGAAAACUUGAAGCUGGAUUGCAUGGGUGUUAAGACGGACGUAACGAUGUGGAAAAACAGUGCCCCUCUCCCGAGUUUACAGACUUUGGAGUCGGCCAACUAAGAGAUGGGGAGGCGAGCGGCUGACCUGACAACUCCGGUUCCGGUGUUGGGCGUUCCCGCCUCGGUCGAGGUGCGGAGCUGGAAGACAACAGGAGGAGACAGAAGCGGAGGCGCUCUGCUGCAGACGUGGAGACAGUGCACCGUUGCCAUUCAAACGUCCCCGGGGAUUAGGAGACCACCCGUUCAGCUACAUGAUAGCCUCUCGAACAACGUUACUCAGACAUCUAACAGCUGUAUCACCAAGGAAACCGAAGCUAUAUCACACACAAGGAAUGACAAUGAGAAAAAGGCUAUUUUAAGACAGAAAACUGAGGAAACCAAGAUCAAAAAGGAAGUGACUUUCAAAGCACUUGGAGGCGUCCCCUCAAAGGAUGUUGCUAGCUGUCAGAAGAGAAGUGGUGGUACGUACUGCUUUGGCGGAGCAAUUAAAACCAAUCCCCUCAUUGCAGGCACUGCCAGCAGCGCCGGGCCCAGACUCAAACCUUCCACUCGUUACAUCAACGGGAGCGUUGUUGAUUCUGAGGCAAUUGGUGGCAUUAGCGAAGUUAAUGACGAUGCCGAGCCCGCGAAGGCCGCGACCUCUCACGGAGGAGUCCCACACCACCCUUGUGCAGAUCAGUCUGGAAAGACGCAGUUAUUAUCGUUGGCUUCGGUGCGAAAGAUAUGCGACCACUGUGGUGGAAAGCAGUCCGCAACCUCCAGAGGCGUCAUGCCGGAAGAGAAGAGCCCCAUUUCCGAUCCAGUCUUUGGAGAGAAACCAUCAAAGCCAGGCCUAACAUCUCUGUUUACAGCCACACAUUUACAGCUCCCUCAUAUAUCAAAACAAAACCAACUAAACUCUCAGAGCAGCAGAGUUAAAAAGACACAGAGUGCAGGUAAUCCACAAUUGUUAUAUCUUAACGGAGAGAUCAGUCAUAGACAAACACCCCACCCUGCAUGUCCAGUACACUCACGAGGUAGUCUGGCAACUCUGUUUCACACACAUGCUUCGAGUGAGGUGACAUCCAUCAAACCUGAAACCAUCCUACACACUAAAACUGUCACAGUUACUCAAGCCACGAUUGAAAGCAGGCAGGAGAAUUCCAAAAUAAGCUGCAUCACAAAAUCCAUGCAGGAGCGUAAAACCCCCUUCCUCGCAAGUCUUAAACUGACACCUCAAAUGGCCACAGCAAUCAAAACUUUUCAAGCCUCCCCCAGACGCCUCAACACAUCACCCCACCACUCUUUUCAAGAUGACAAUCCUGUAAAUAUAUGUGUCUCUGUGCAUGCUGCAUCCGAAAGUCCACCAUCGUCUUUGUACACCAUGGGGACUGAAAGAACACCCGGUACAGUUAUGAAGAAAACUUUUAAUUUGGAGGAGAGGUCCACACAUAGUAAUGUCAGUGCACGGCGAGAAACCUCCACACACAAAGCACAAAUUCUUAAAUCAGAACCUUGUUCGAAACUAACACUGCUAAGCUUCCCACCUGAUUUAUAUAAAUGCCAGGAAAAGCCCCUGUCAAGCGAUGCCAACGUAUCACCAGUUAAGAUAUCUUUUAUCGACAAUGCAGCUCAAUUCCCUGCUUCUGCUAAUCCGCCUCAGAAACCUGCAGCACAUUCAGUCCUGAGCUCCGCUGUCCCAAAAAUCACUUUGAAUUCUAAAGGUAAUCCAGCUCAAAUUACAUGUAGAAACAGCACAGAUAAGGCUGUGGCUCCAGAAAUCCUCUCAGCUCAGCCUUGCUCCUUAAACCCUGAACCUGCGCUGCAUAUCUCUGCAUCCUCUACGCACACAGUAUCUGAUGCAUCCAAAUCUCCAGAUUCCCGAGGUGGAUCACCUGCAGCUCUCUGCUCUAACAUUGCAAGACAUUUCACAGUAUAUAAAAAUACGAGAUGCAGGUCCAUCAAAACAUACCUGGCAGGCUCUCGUCCUUCUCCGUCAAGAGAAAGACGAGAUAAUGUCGCUGCAUCCAGUACGUGUUUGCUUAAGUUAACAGAGACGACUGAAGUGCUAAGGAGCAAUGAGGAUGAAAACAAAGCUCAUCACAUGCAAACAUCAGACAUCAGAGGUCAAGACAGUGAUAAACCUUGUUUUCAGUGUUUCAAUCCCAGUCAGCAGAGCAACUCCAUAACAACUCCACUCACAGAAACCGCCGAUAGUGCUGCUGAGGCUGAAAGCCAACACUCUAAUCCAGCCAUCAGCCCCACUGUAAAAUUGCAAUGUGAUAAAAACAAAUUUAGAGAUAAUUCCACCCAUGAAUUAGAGAUACAUGAGUCCAAACAGCAUGCAAAUUCAAAGUGUUCCAAGGUCACUAACCCUCGGAAUUGCUUUUCCCCAAUUAAGUCAAGCGCCUUUCAUCUGCAGGGUCAUCUGAGCAAAGAACAACAAAGCUUUAAACAUCCACAAGGAUGCAUACACACAGACCCCAAGGGACACAAUGCAACAAGCCCACCAGGACAACCCGCCAGCCACUCAGAUUCAAACGCACAACAGUUUGCAUUGGGUACAGCGGCCAGCCAUGCUAAUAGUAAGUGUGAAUACAAUGCAGAUGGGCAGAAGCAUCCCGGUUAUUCAUUGCCCCCAGUCACAACACAAACUAACUGUGAACCCAUUUUCUCACAAGCAAACACGCAGGUAAAAUCCAUCACCCCGUCUACAGGCUGCCAAAAUUGCAAUUCUGAUAUUACAUUACGAAGGCAAACACACACAAGUCCAGGAGGUUCUGUCAGUGUGCCAGCAUCAUUCACCGGCGAAGGAGGGCUCCCAGCGCACACAGGCCCUGAAUGGGAGUUUGUACUACCGCCGUCUGCAUUGCUCCCUAAAUCAAGUCCGCCCCUCCGGUCCGGAGAGGUGGAGGCAAUCAGCAGACCAGAUUUAAAGUUUAGCCCGUCUGCUCCUCAGUCAGGGCAAGGAGGCCCCAGGCUGUCUCACUCCCACCCGUCUGGUGCAGCCCUGUUGCUGCCGCCUUCUCCGCAGUGUUGCACAUCUGCCGGCUUGGAGCAGAGGCUCAAGACUGUGGAGGCCAGCCUGGCAGCCAACAAGGACAGGAUCACCACCCUGCUUAACAUCAUUCAGGACCUGGAGACAUGCAACGCUCCCAACAGCCUCCGGAGAGGUGGUAGAAGUGGACUGGACCUGAAAAGCUGCUCUACCUGCCAGAAGACUGCGUGUAUUGUGUACAGUGUUGAGUAUGACUUCAGGCAGCAGGAGAGGCACUUCUUGGAGGUCCUGAAUCGCUCACCAGAUGACAGCAACAGCUUCCCCGCCCAUCUAGUGGAACCCUUAAACUUUGGCCCGCUGCGAAAUGUCAUCUGUAAGAAAUUCACAAAGACAAAGUUGAAGAGCAAACAAUUGUGCAAGACUCUGCUCAAGUGGAUCCCAAGAAAGAUUCACCAACUGUAGAUCUCUAUGUUAUAUGUAAGCAGAACAAGCCUUUUUUUAAAAAAAAAACUCUUCUCUAUGCUACAGUCUGGAAAAAUCUUAUUAAAAACAGCAAUUAAAAAGCAGCUGUCAGCUGCCCAUCAUGCGAGGCAGUAGUCAAUCGGUUUAUCUUCUAAUUAUCCAAUCAGCCAGUCAUAUUGUAUCCCUGGCUAAGAGCUAAAGUAUCCUGUAGCUUAGCUUCUUCAUGUUUGAUUGUCACAAAAGCUGACAAGAUUAAAGGCAGCUCAGACAAGGUAAUAAACUAACUAUUGCCAAAUGACAAAAAAUUAAAUUCUGUUACGGGCAAUGUACAAACUGAGUGUAUAUAUGCACAUUGUAUAUACAGUACCUUUUAAAGGUUUUCAUAUUGCUGCAACGUGUUCACAUUCUGUCAAAUCAUAGCCGCAAACUCCAGUAUAUAUUGAGAUUUUAUGCGAUAGAUCAACAUAAAAUUCAGGCUUUUGCUUAUUUUUAUUUAUUUUAUAAGAAUUUAAAAAAACGUGCAUUGAUGUUGAACCUACUUUACCCUGAUAACCCUAAUUAAAGUCCAUAGCAACCAAUUGCCUUCAAAAAUCACCUAAUUUGUUAACUAGACCAUACCUGCAUGUUAUUGACUCUCAACACAAAUGAAGCUGUUCUAUGAAGAACUCUGAGGUUUGGCUGAAAACAUUGGACAACACAACAGAACCAUGAAGACUAAGAAACACAACAGAGGUCAGGAGUAAACAUAUAACAGUUGCGAUAUCAUACAGCAGAAAACUUGUUAAAAGCCACCCUGAAUGAGGGUGUCUUAAAACUCUUGUCCUCUUGUCUUAAAAAAUGUUGGUGGAACCAUUAGUAACUUUUCACAUUUUUAUUUGAAAAAAGAAAUUGGACAUUAGCAGAUCCUAAAAGUGUUAUGUUGUAUCAGAAUAUCACAUAGAAUGUAAAUAAAAUACAUUGAAGUUUCUAAUUGCAACAUGAGAAAAUGGCAAGUACACUUAAGGGGUAUGAAUAAUUUGGUGAGGAAUUGUAUGUAUGAGUGGUCUGCAGCUUGUUACGUUUUAUAUAUUACAAUAGUAUGCUGUCUGCGCUCCAAAAUACAUUGUUGCAUUUUUAUCUUUACCCCGUUCAUCCCUGCUUAAUGCAUGCUGUCAACACUUAAAGUCAGUAUUUUGAGUCAGAUUUUUGUUACUCUCAAUUAGUAGAAUCUUUAAGGAUUUCUUUGCUUUACUUUUUUAUGUUAAAUAUGUCAAUAUGUGCGCUUGUAUUUGAUGACUAACCGCAACCUCUUUCUAUAACCAAUUUUCUAUAUGCGAUUCUGUCCUCUUUACACUUUUGAGAUUAAUGGAGCUGACUGACAGUUGACCUGUUACCUUGUUCCCCUGUGAAUAAAAUGUCAGGAACACA